CCUAUUAGUGUUAAAUCGAUUAGCUUGUAUGUAGCAUAUUUAGUCGCGCAGAAACGGGCUUACGGUACCGUGCUUAACCAUAUUAGUAGUCUUAAACACGCUCAUCAACUUGCCGGGUCUGAACUCACUUGGAGUUCCGAUUACCGCUUUCAGCUUUUAUUACGAGGCGCCAAGCGUUUUCUGGGUGCGGCCGUUUCUCGUAAAUCGGCCAUGACACCUUCAAUUUUGCAUGCCGCGUUUGAUCUUUUCAAUUUUUCUUUACCGCUACAUGCGGCUAUGUGGGCUCUGUUUUUAGUUGCUUUCUUCACCUUUUUGCGUAACUCCAAUCUAGUACUCGAUAAUCCGAGGAAAAUCUCCCCCAAGGUUAUCACGCGGGCAGAUUUGGUUUUCACGUCUUCGGGCGCAAAUAUCCAUGUUUCAGCCACGAAGACCAUUCAGUGUCAGCAACGCUCUCUUAUUUUGCCAAUUCCCGUGAUUCCUGGCUCUCGCCUUUGUCCGAUUUCGGCUUUGCGACGCCAUUUCGCGCUCAACCCGGGCCCCGUGUCUGCCCCCCUUUUUUCAGUUUCCUCCGGGUCGGGUUUAGUACCAAUUACUUACAAGCAAUUUUGCGCUUUUCUUUCGCGGGUUAUGUCUACGCUCAAUUUAGAUCCGUCCCUUUACUCUCCUCAUAGUUUUCGAAGGGGUGGGGCGACUUUCGCAUUUGAUUGCCAUAUUCCAUCCGAAAUAAUCAAACUGCAGGGAGACUGGAAGAGCGACGCUUAUCUUGUUUAUUUAGAAUUAUCUCAGACACAAAAACAGCAGGCA